CAUAUUUUUUUUGUUGCGAUGCAUGUGGUAUUUCCUUAUGAAAUUAGAAAAACCGUCUGCUGGAAACCAGCAGAGCGCAAAGAAACUUUGCAGAGUCUGCGCACCAAAACAGCACCAAUCUCUAAGAUUUGUGACCGCACAUAGCCAGUAACUUCACGGCCAAUUGGAUUUUUCAAUUAGCAAAGUGACAAGUUGCUGGUACUUGGAAAACGAAAUAACACCGUUACCAGCGAGCGUUGGGAGUGCAUAAAAGCGAAAAGCGAAGUGGUCAGCAGCAAAUUACUGGACGAUUAACAUAAAUAGGGCCUCUACUCCCUACCUACGCGCACACUACAGUUUCAAAGCUGCAUUGAAAAUAGCGCAGCGGACUUGAAACGCGUCAACGAACAGGUACUUGUACAAGGACGACGACUGCAAAACCGAAAAAUUGCAAUAAAGCGCAGCGGCUCUGGCCUGCUGUGCAUGGAAAAUGACAGCUGUGAGUUUGCGAAGAAAAUUGCGCCCGCCAUGGACGUGGACUUGCAUCAGUAUAGGAUACAUUAUUUUACUGGGCUAUGUGUUGCAGUUUGCCGUAAGUGCACAUGUACCGGCCGCAUUGGUGGCACAGUCGGAUGGAGCAGUUGCAAUUAUUGCCAGGAUACAGCCGACGUACGAUGACUUGCAGGUAGCUGGCUCAGAGAAGGAUGAGAAAAAAGAAGAGGAAGAAGAAGCAGAGGAGGAGGAAGAAAAGGAGGAGUCGUAUGAGGAAAAAUCUGUGGAAGAAAAGCAUAGUGAACAUAAAAAGAAGAAGGGUGAGAAGGGUAAGAAAGGGCACAAGGAGGAGGAGCACCAUGAGAAGGGCGAGAAGGGACAUCACGAUAAGGAGGGUAAAAAAGGUGAGAAGGAGGAGGAACAUGGACAUGAAAAGAAACAUAAAAAAGAUGAAGGCCACCACAAGAAACACAAGAAGGGGAAAAAGGGCGAGAAAGGACAUGAAUUCGAAGAUCAUGGCUCAUACAAGAAGGGCCAUUCCAUUAAGGGCAAACAUCAUGUGCACAAGUUGAACGAGGAUAAAAAGGAGAAAAAGUACUAUGACGAACACCAUGACGAAGGUGAAGAAGAGAAACACGGCGGUUUUGAAGAGGUGAAGAAACACAAAAAAGGUGGUCACCAUAAAAAGGGCGGCCACAAGAAAGGCGCACACGAGGAUGAGUAUGGCAAGAAAGGACACAGUAAGAAAGGCCAUAAGAAGAAGGGACAUAAGGGACAUAAAAAGGAGCAUGAAGAGAAGAAGAAGUGGGGCGAAGAACAUGAGGGCGGUAAAAAGAAGGGCAAAGAGGAGAAAAAGAAAUGGAAGAAGUCGGAGAAGAAGGAGAGCAGCAGCAGUGAUGGUGGCCAUGGACACGAGUGGUAAAUGUAAGUGGCAGUUUGCUAUGAUAGCAGCGGU